CUAUAUUCACAUUUAUUAGAAAAAAAAAUUGUAGGACGACAGUUAUGCUCCAAAAUCUCGCCUCCAGUUAAACGACACCACCCUCUCUACUAUCACGCCGGGAAACGGUAACGGUCAUAAAAAAACUCCCCGGUCAAUUUUUGUUUCUCUCACACUCUCUCUAAAUCCACUCUCACUCACUGAUUUAUCUCCUUAAUUCCCUCUAUAAUUAUUUUUUAAUAAAUUAAUUGUCUGGGUUUUAAACAGAUAUUAGGGUUUCGACGAAGAAUGAUAUCUGAAUUGAAUUUUGAAUUUAUUUUCUCACGACAAUGGUAACUGCAGUUUCAACACCGAUAAACCCCAAAACGAGAUCAACAGCAAGAACAACGCAAAACCUAAACCCUGCAAGGCCUCCUUUAUUACCAUCAGACCCUGACAAUGCUCUCGCUCCUCGCCGUCCCAAAUCCCGGGAAGUCAGUUCUCGCUACUUGUCAUCGGCAUCGGCAUCCUCUACUUCAACAUUUAACCGGUGCGCAUCACCGUCAAUUUCACGACGAACGGCCAUGAUGACUCCAACUCCUUCCGCUGCUUCCGCAAUCAAACGGUCACAGUCAUUGGAGCGUAGGCGUCCGGCUACUCCGAGAACUAACUCUCUUGAUUCGAGAAUAGGAAAUGCCAAUUGUGGUGGUGGUGGUGGUGGUGAGAUAACGAAUGCUCAGAGAAUGUUGAUUACUUCAACGAGAAGAUUAUCGGUGUCGUUUCAAGGAGAGUCGUUUUCGUUUCAAGUGAGUAAAGCGAAGCCAACUUCGUCUCCCAGUGCUGUAAGAAAAGGAACACCGGAGAGGCGUAAAGCAACCACUCCAAUACCUACCAGAGGAGCUGAUCAGGCGGAGAAUUCAAGGACUAUGGAGCAACGUCGGUGGCCAGGGAGAUUGAGGCAACAGAAUUCCAUGACUAGAAGCAUGGAUUGUUCUGAUGAUGGGAAGAAAUUAGCUGGAUCUGGAGUCAAUUUGAAUGUUGUUAGGGCAUUGCAAAAUUCAAUGGUGGGCAGCAGCAACAACAACAACAACAAUAUUAUUAGGUCUUCAAUUGAAAGCAGAUUGAGCUCUGACUCUAGUGCAAUUGAAUCCGCAAAGCCGUUGGAUGUUAACGGAUCUGCUGUGCAUAGUGAGCAUCGUUUGGCUUCUGAUACUGAGAGUGCAUCAUCUGGUACUACUUCAGAGAGUAGCAGUGGAAAUGCUGUUGGUGUCGGAGGACAAGGGGAGCGUGGAGCUCGUGGAUUAAUUGUGCCGGCAAGGUUUUGGAAAGAGACUAAUAGUAGAAUCAGGCGGCAACCAGAGCCUGGGUCGCCAGGUUCUCGGAAUGCCGGACUAAAAGGACCUACACCUGCUAAACUUAUUGCACCAAAGAAGUUUGGAGGUGAUAGUCCGGUAUCUUCUCCAAAAGGAGUUGUUAAUAGUCGGGGACAGUUGUCUCCUAUACGUGGCGGAGCGUUACGGCCUGCAUCACCUAGUAAGUUUGGGACAUUAUCAGGAGCUUCAUUGUCUCCUAUGAGGGGAAUGAGUCCUUCGAGAGUGAGGAAUGCUGUGGGAGGUGUUGUCAGUAGUAAUUUGAGCAAUGUGAGUAGCACCUUUUCAAUUUUGAGCUUUGCAGCUGAUAUUAGGAGAGGGAGGAUUGGGGAGAAUCGGAUUGUGGAGGUGCAUUUGUUAAGGAUUUUGCAUAAUCGGAUGUUGCAAUGGCGUUUUGUCAAUGCCAGAGCUGAUUACGUUUUGUCAGCCCAGAGGUUGAAUGUAGAGAAAAGCCUGUAUAAUGCACGUGUAACAACAUCAAAACUGUAUGAAUCUGUUAGAGCAAAAAGAACAGAGUUACAGUGGCUAAGACAUAAUUUGAAGUUGAUUUCCAUCCUCAAGGGGCAAAUGCUAUAUUUAGAAGAAUUGGCAUUGAUUGACCAGGAUUACUCCCAUUCUUUAUCGGGAGCCAUUGAAGCUUUGCAGGCUAGCACACUCCGUCUGCCUGUUGUUGGUGGGGCAAGGGCAGAUGUCCAGAACCUGAAGGAUGCUAUAUGUUCAGCGGUUGAUGUGAUGCAGGCAAUGGCAUCCUCAAUUUGCAUACUGUUAUCCAAGGUUGAGGAAGUAAACUCUUUGGUGGUGGAACUUGAAAAGGCAAGUCGGAAGGAGUGUAAUAGGCUUUAUCAGUGCAAGGAUCUAUUGUCAACCAUUGCAGCCUUGCAGGUAAAAGAAUGUAGCCUGAAAAGUCAUAUUUUACAGCUAAAAUGAGUGCCUUCCAGCCUGACAACACAAGUGUAAAAAGCUCAAAUCACUUAACUCCUUCCCUAAUGCUAACAAUAUCAAAUCAAACCCUUUUAUCCUCCGAUUCAAGGAACUGAGAGGAACUAAGAAAGUAUUGAAUGGACAAGCAAAAGGUAGCUAUUUUGUACGCGUAGUUUCAAAGUCAGAUUUAGAUUGUAUUUAGGUACUUCUCUAUAGGGCAGAGUUCAUCGUAUGUAAAUAUAUACAAUGAUAUUUUCAAUCUCUCUCUUUUCCUGGUUUCCUCUUCCA